UUUGGUUUGAAGCGUUAAGGGCUCGAGGGUACACGCAGCAACAAUGGCGACAACACCUUCUAUCACCGAGCUUAUGAGCCAGAUGCAGCAAAACCUCGACUCGAUAAAUUACCACCUUGCACGAAUCGAAGACACGAAAGUGCAUGACGACGAGAUCGAACGCCUGGAAGUUGAGCGGCAGAAACGCGCAGACGCCUUAUCCCUCCAAAUCGCACAAGACUUCAAAGAAUUAGAAAACAAGAAGAGGGAAUUGGGAAGGCCGGCGGAGGAGAAGAGGAGGAGAGAAGCAGUGGAGAGGGCCGAUAGACGCAAGAGGGAGGAGAGGGAACUCAUGCUACAAAGGAGGAAGGAGGAUGCGGAGAUUGUGGCCAGAAGGAUGAGGGAGGAUGCCGUGAGGAAGGCACGAAUGGAACAUGAGGAUGAGGAGUUAGAAAUUAAGACCCUAGAGGAGGAAGAGCAGAUCAAGACGUUGCUCGCAGGUGAGGAGGAGAGGGGGAAAAAAGAGGCUGCAGAGAAGGAGAACAGCUUAUACGAGGAUUACGAAGCGAAAAUGAUACAACUAGAAGACGAGAUGGAGAAGAAGGUUGUGGAGAGCACGAAGAUCUUGGCUGAGCUGGAUGAGAAGCGGAAGGUUAUCAGCGCACAAAUCGAUGCCACCAUGAAGAGGUCCACACGCCGAACACCCAGCUUCCGAAGAGGAUCUAAACGAUACUCCAUAACAGGUCUAGCAACAGAUGUCGCAGUAAUGCUGGGAGGGAAGCCCGGCCUCGAACACAGAUCAACACAAUUCUCACUCGCACAAAUAAAUGAACAGAAUGGACCCUCACAUACCGAAAUUCCGCGAGACAUCCCAACACCAGCACGUUCUGAUGCCACUCCCAGCUCCAGAAUGUCAUACGCUGGCAGCAUCCGCUCUCUGGAAUCGAAAUCAGAAGACGCGGACGAUAUCCGAGCACGAGAGGAAAUGGACAGGAUUAAUGCGGAGAUCAUGGCUGAGAUGGAAGCCGAGCGUGCAGGGACACCAGCAAAGCAGACUCAAGCACCGAGAUCACUGCAUCGAACCUCCUCGAUGUCGACUUCGAAUGCAAGCAUACGGUCCUCAGUCCCGCCGUCUAGUGCGAGUAUACGCAGUUCGAAACUAGAAGAUCCAGAAGAUGUGAGGGCUAGAGAGGAAAUGGCACUGAUCAAUGCUGAGAUCGUGGCUGCUGCGGCGGCGGGGCAACAGGAGCAGAGGUUGUCGACACAAGUUUAUACACCGCCAUCUCGCCCUGUUAACUCACAUCAAAGACGUCCGACGUGGUUUGAUCAAGCCAAGCUUGCUGUCGUCCAUGGUGCUCACGGUGUUUUGAAAUUCAGGAAAGAGGGAGCGGAUAUGGAGAUUGUUGAAUCGCCGAAAGAGACUGAACACCCACGGGCACAGGAGUCUGCUCGUGGUGCAGAACCGUUUCUUUAUGACGGGCCAAAACACGCACGUUUACCCACCUGGGUCGAUCAAGCAACCCUGCCAACUGUCUCUGGCUCUCACGGUAUCUUGAAAUUCAAGAAGGACGGAGCGGACGUGGAGGUCGUGGAAGUAAGGAGAAGUGUAGGCGAACCAACAAACCCACAAGAGUCCAUACGGGAAGGGGCACCUUUCGUCUACGACGGACCCAAACAUGCCCGUCUACCUACCUGGACUGACCAAGCCACUCUCCCAGUCAUCUCUGGCUCUCACGGGGUGCUGAAAUUUGGCGACAAGGGUGCCAGUAUGGCUGGGGUUGAACCGCGACCAGAAUCGCAGAGGUUUUCUCGACAUGAGCAUUUGCCAACUUGGGCGGACCAAUCAAAGCUCGAUCUCGUCUCGGGAUUAUGGGGAAUACUAUCUUUCAGUUCGGGAGGAGCAGAUAUGCUCGUCGUCGAAGCUUCAGAACAUACUCUGCACAACCACAUAUUCACAUGGGCCGAUCAGUCAACACUCCCUGUCGUAAAGGGGACCCAUUGCAUGCUGAACUUCAAUGACACCGGCGCAGACAUGGAGGUGAUCCAACCGACCAUUCUCCCCGAAGCAGCUUGGUUCGGAAAACGAAACUCUCUUACUUCCCAACCCAAAAACAAAAGCAGAGCUGGAGUCGCCAGCCCAUAUAUUACACCCAAUAUGCCAGGGAAUGCCAAAGCCACCGAACAGGACAUCAAGCAAAAACGGAUUAGCAUUCCGAAUGGUCUCCGUAGCGCCACGAUGAAUCACGGUCGUGAUAACACAAGAUCAACGCCUGAAUAUACUGCAGAGAAAAUUCUGGUUGCGGAGGUUGGCGGCGAGAAAUAUGACCUUAACCGUCCUGCGUUGAAGGAGAUUGUGCAAGCUGUUGAUGUUCCUAUGAACAGAGACUCGUACUGGAACGCCGAUCAAGGGAAAUUGGCAGUUGUGAGGGGAAGUCAUGGAUACCUCGUGUUUGGCCCAAUAGGAGGAGUGAUGGUUGUCGUGAGCAAGGAUGCGUACUGGGUCGAUCAGCGUACGCUUUCCAUCGUCAGAGGUGACCAUGGUUUCUUAUCCUUUGGAAGUUCUGAGACUGUUAUGAAAGUACGGAGAAGGGACCCGUAUUGGGCUGAUCAGAGGACACUGGCUUUGGUGAGGGGAUCUCACGGAAGACUCGCCUUCUCAUCACGCGGAACAGCUUCUCUGGAAGUCAUCAGACCAGAUCCAUAUUGGAGUACAGACCAAGAGACAGUGCCUUUGGUCCGAGGAUUCCAUGGAAAAAUGGAUUUUGGCCCAGACGGAGCUUCUCUAAAAGUGGUUAGACCAGACCCGUAUUGGGCUGAUCAGAAAACGUUGUCUUUGGUGGAAGGAUCACACGGAAGACUCACUUUCUCACCAAGUGGAGUCUCUUCACUGAAGAUCGUUCGGCCCGAUCCAUACUGGAGUGUAGACCAGAGAACGCUAUCUACGGUGACAGGAUCUCACGGAGGAUUGAUCUUUGGCCCAUAUGGCGCUUCUUUGAAAGUCAUCAGACCAGACCCAUACUGGGUAGGUCAACGAGGCCUCGCCAUAGUCAAAGGAUCUCACGGUAGAUUGGCUUUUACUGCCAACGGCACGUCACUUGAAAUUGUCAGGCCAGACCCAUACUGGGUUGAUCAAUCGACUUUGUCUUUGACUCAGGGCUCUCAUGGAAGAUUGGCAUUCGGUCUCGAUGGUGCUGCCUUGAAAGUAGUCCGACCGGAUCCUUACUGGGCGGAUCAAAGCACGCUUCCCCUCGUCGAAGGCUCCCAUGGAAGACUCUUGUUCGGCUUAAGUGGAGCUUCUCUCAAAGUCAUCAGACCAAAUCCCUACUGGAGUGCAGACCAAAGGUCACUGGACACCAUAGUGGGUUCACAUGCAACACUCAAGUUCACUGUCGCUGGUGCGAGAAUGGGGGUUCCAUUGUCGAAUCGGACAUACUGGAAUGCGAAUCAAGCUAAAUUGGCGGCCGUGAGGGGUGCCCAUGGAACCUUAAAGUUCGAUGGUGGAAGAGUAGCCGUCCACGUUGUCGGCCAAAAGCGUCCAUAUUGGGAGGCUGAUCAGGCGGGCUUGAAGAUUGUGAGAGGAUCUCAUGGGAGUUUGCGAUUUGAUGAUGGGGCGGUGUCCGUCCGCGUUGUCAGUCAAAAACGUCCAUAUUGGGAAGCUGAUCAGAGGAGUCUGAAAGUGGUUCGAGGAUCUCAUGGAAUUCUACAUUUUACGGCUGAAGGAGCGAUGAUUGACGUCGUCAAGCCGAGGAGCCUCUAUUGGGUAGCCGACCAGAGGAGUCUGAAGAUCGUUUGGGGAUCCCAUGCCAGGCUGCAUUUCAUGGGUGGAGAAGCAAACUUUGAUGCUGUCAGACCACCAAGUCUCUAUUGGAAUGCGAAUCAGGCAUGCCUCAGGAUAAUUCAAGGAUGCCAUGGAAAUCUAAGCUUUACAGGCGAGGAAUCAAGCAUCCAUGCCGCUCAACCAAAAACUUCCUACUGGAUGGCCAACCAAGCAAACCUCCUAGUAAUUCAAGGAUCCCACGGAAUCAUAACUUUCAAUAACGCCGGGGCUUCUGUCGAAGCCAAAACCCGACCAACACCAUAUUGGACCUCAAAUCAGGCGAAGCUGGAUGAAAUUCGAGGUUCUCAUGGAAUUCUAAAGCUCACAACUGAGGGCGCAGCCAUACAAUUACAUUCCCAUGCUGAGAAUAAGCCCACACCCCGCGAUCCUUUCGCAACACGGGCGGCGUACUGGGCUGAUCAAGCCAAGCUGGAAAAGAUAGAAGGAACCCACGCCAGGUUAUCUUUCAACAAUUCAAUCUCCUCCAGCGUUCCCCACACAGCCCCAAAAGACAACUGGAACAGCCCACCGAACCUCGAAACGGGGGACUUCUUUCCCGACUCCGACAGCGAACUUGAAGAAGACCGACCCAUUCUCUCCAAACGCACCUCCUUCGGCCCCGGCACGUUCGCCUCAAUCCUCAACAGAGUCAAAGACCGCGUACCCAUUGUCACAAACCUCGUCGGAAACGGCAGCUACUCCUCCUUCUCCCACAACGAAGAGUCACCAAUCACACCAACCGACACUUCUCCAUCCACUCUUGAUAACCAGCAACCAAUCGACGAACCCAUUAUCCACGACUCACCAGAAUCAUCACACCCCCAUCACCAAAGCGCACACUUCGAAGAUAAUCCUGUCUCGGCGAUUUAUGGGGAGGAAGAGAGGGAGGUUAAGUUGAGCCCGCUGCCAACGCAGGUGGAGUUUCAGUUCGAUCCGGUCUAUGGACAACCGAUUCCGCUAGCUCCAAGGGCGAAAAGUCCAUUACUUAAUAGAGCGCCGAUAAGCACCAAGCCGUUUGAGAGUGUGAGGGGCUUAGCAAGUAACAAUCCUUUUCGGAGUGCGAUUCCGGUGAGGAAGGCGAGUGUGACAGCUCGGGGUGACAGGAAUGAUCGGAUGAUUGAGAGGAGGAGGGCGUUGUUUGAGGGCGGGGCGAAGUGAAACGUUACAGCAUUCAGAGAUGGCGGGAGUGUUGGACGCGAUCGUGGAUGAUAAUGAUAGGUGUCUGGUAUAUAUUAGAAGCACCCACUAGAUCAAUUACCCACAAUUGGGCAAAGUUUUGAUACGGAGCCUCCUAUGUGCUUGAGAACAGCAGAGGUGGAUGUUUGUCGUCCCAAGUGUGGAGCAGGGUCAGGUUCAGCCAGCCCCUGAGACUCGCCUGAAGAUCCGAGGGACAAUAAUAUGGGCAGGUCACCAAUUCUCCAACGCUUCGACUUGGGCCGAAAAAACGACUAGUCAUGCACAAAAGUCAAC